UGGUGAAGCCAGUUGCUCUGUUACCAUAAGAGCCAGCUCCGACGUUCUUUAAUUUCUUGCUACUUCUGUUGCCAAGUUAAUUUCAGUCCUAAUGGGGUUUCAUCUCCCACUCAUCGUUGCUAUUCUCAGUCUAGCAGCGGUUGCACUGGCAAACAAUGCUGCUCAACCAGCACCUCAACUUUACUGGAACUCCGUCCUGCCAAACACACAGAUGCCAAGAUCUAUCAGUGAACUUCUGCAUCCUGACUCCACAAAUGAAGAAAAGAGCAAACCUGAAAAUAUCCCAUUGGCACGUUCAGGUUACAGUCGAAAAAGGUAUGGAGGAGGUCCUCCUCCAUCUGACGAGGGCAAACCUGAAAGUAUCCCAUUGAGAAAUUCAGGUUACCAACGAAAAAAUUAUGGAGGACGUCCUCCUCCAUCUGACGAGGGCAAACCUGAAAGUAUCCCAUUGAGAAAUUCAGGUUACCAACGAAAAAAUUAUGGAGGACGUCCUCCUCCAUCUGACGAGGGCAAACCUGAAAGUAUCCCAUUGAGAAAUUCAGGUUACCAACGAAAAAAUUAUGGAGGACGUCCUCCUCCAUCUGACGAGGGCAAACCUGAAAGUAUCCCAUUGAGAAAUUCAGGUUACCAACGAAAAAAUUAUGGAGGACGUCCUCCUCCAUCUGACGAGGGCAAACCUGAAAGUAUCCCAUUGAGAAAUUCAGGUUACCAACGAAAAAAUUAUGGAGGACGUCCUCCUCCAUCUGACGAGGAAAAACCUGAAAGUAUCCCAUUGAGAAAUUCAGGUUACCAACGAAAAAAUUAUGGAGGACGUCCUCCUCCAUCUGACGAGGGCAAACCUGAAAGUAUCCCAUUGAGAAAUUCAGGUUACCAACGAAAAAAUUAUGGAGGACGUCCUCCUCCAUCUGACGAGGGCAAACCUGAAAGUGUCCCAUUGAGAAAUUCAGGUUACCAACGAAAAAAUUAUGGAGGACGUCCUCCUCCAUCUGACAGUCAACUACUCCAUUAUAGAGACUUAGCUAUUUUCUUCUUCGAGAAGGACAUGCGCCCUGGCUCAACAAUGCAGUUCCAAUUCCCUAGAAAUUCAAACACGGCUACUUUCCUGCCACGCGAAAGUGCUCAAUCAAUCCCCUUCUCCUCUAACAAACUAUCAGAAAUUUUCAACCAUUUUUCAGUGAAGCCGACAUCUGUGGAAGCCAAAACAAUUAAGCAAACAAUCGAAGAGUGUGAAGCUCCAGGCCUUAAGGGAGAGGAAAAAUAUUGCGCCACAUCUUUAGAAUCAAUGGUUGAUUUUAGCACUUCGAAGCUUGGAACAAGAAACGUUGAAGCAAUCUCGACGGAGGUAUUGGAAGAAGGAGCCACCAAGUACAUGCACAACUAUACAACAAUGCCGGGACUGAAGAAGUUGGCAGGUGACAAAGUCGUUGUGUGUCAUAAGGAGAACUAUCCCUAUGCUGUGUUUUUCUGCCAUGCAAUAAAACAAACAGAAGCUUAUGUUCUCACCCUGAAAGCCGAUGAUGGGAUGAAGGUUAAAGCAGUAACCAUCUGCCAUCUAGACACAUCAGAAUGGGAUCCAGAGCAUUUGUCCUUCCAAAUCCUCAACGUUAAGCCCGGAACCACUCCCAUCUGCCAUUUCAUUUCCACUGAUGCUAUUGCCUGGGUUCCGAACCACAAAUCUGCAUGAUCAUCACUUAGCACUGUACGUAUAAUAAGCUUGGUCGGGUUGCACCCUAGGCCUGCAUAAUUAUCUCCCUACUUAUUUCUGCCUCUUCAUCAUGUGGUGUAAGAUAUAUGGUGAGAUGAAGUAACUAUGUAGACUUCAACUUGUACUCAUAAUAAAGCAUGCUGUUGGGGGGUUCUACUUAAUUUCGUUCUCUCCAA